AUACAAAAUAAUUCUUAUUCCAAUAAAUCGAUAUUUUUAAUUUGCAUAAGUGUUACCAUACGAUUACUGAACAAGCUGUGAUAGUCAAUAUAGUCUCGAUCACGUUAGCACGAAUGUAAGUUUUUUCAUUUUGCAUUGUCUUCACGAUCCAGUAACGCUCUGGCACCAGAUAAGUCACUAGUUUAAGUCAAAGUGGCCAUGAAGAAUAUCCAAACGGCUAUAUCUCCGCUCUUAAUCUUAUUGUGUUUAUGUGGUUUCGGGGUGUUUGAAUAUCCUCGCGGACGGUCGCGAUUUUAUCCUACUAUCCUCUACAUUCUAGUAGUAUGGUUGCUUUAUAUUUACAUCAUCACUGAAGUAACGACAUUCCUCAGAAGAUUCAACAUAGAGUUGUUUAUAAUUACUAAAACAAGUAUUACUUUUACAAUAUUGACUACAUUGCUUAGCUUGCAUUAUAAUAAGAGAUUUAAAUGUUGUCUGAACAAACUAAGUAUUGUAAACGACACGUUGGAAAAGUUUGGAACGAUAAAGAAUUAUGCAAAAUUACGCAGACAAAUUACGUGGUUGAUCAUUGGAUGGAUUGCCUCGAUCUUUUUACUGAAUAUGAUUGAUAGUAUAUGGUUUUUUGAAAACAUCCCUCAUUGUCAUGCUGCGGUAGCUAUAAGCCUACCCUUCCUUAUAAAUCAAACACUUCAUGUAAAUUCACUUUGCGAUAUAUUUCUUUUGAUACUACUAAGAUACAUAGGAUCUCAAUUUGAGCAGAUCAAUCAAUAUAUUGCGAAGUUAACGGAACAGGACACACAGCAAGUAAAACAUACUUGGGCUAUUUCUUCAUUGCCUGUGGAUUGCCGACACAAAAUUGGCAUCAAAACAACCAAAGUAAUCGUAUUAAUCUUAAUGCAUGUUCAUCUUGAAUUGUGUGUGAUAACACGUGAAUUAACAAGAAUAUUUGGGAUGCAUAUGGUGAUGCAGACACUCGUAUUUAAUGUUAUUACGGCGCAGAUUGUCAAUGAUAUUUAUAACACAAUGAUUCACAGCAAUUCUAAUUAUGAAAUGGCACUUAUUCUUUUUGUUCAUUAUAUCUGGAUUGUAACAAAUAUCAUAAAAAUGAUCGUUUUCAAUUGUGUAUGUGAAAAAGUUUGCAGCAAGGCAGGAAAAACCGAAGUAUUUCUCAAUAAAUUGACACAUUAUAAUUUGGAUAUCGAGACACAUGAUUACAUCAUGCAAUUUCUGUAUAAAUUAUUACAACGACCAUUAAAGAUCUCAGGGCUUGGGCUUCACUUUGGGUAUAAAUUGCUGCUACAGUGUGUGAAUUAUAUUGGGACGGUUAUAAUAAUUACCUUACAAUCACGUUCAUAAAAGGCAGAAGAUCCAUAUAAAUAAGUAAGAAAUGAAGUGUUAGGAAUAUAAUACAUUUCAUUACAUUUACCAACUGACAAUGUAUAUGCUAUUUUUCUUUGUUAUAUUUUUCAUUUAAUACUGAUUAAAGAAAACUAUGUCACAUGUCUUAUUGACCUGUUAAUAAUUGUUCCAAGUCUUUUAAUAACAUUAUGAUUAAUAUACCAAAGAAAGAACAAGAAAGAUAAAAUUAAAAGAGAGAUAAAAAAUUGCAAAUAUAAUAAUAGAAACCAAAUCAAUGUUGACGUUUUAGAUAUACAUAUAUGUUUGAAUAUAAUAGCACACCAUGCGUUUAUUACUAAUAGUGUUUUGAAUGUCCACGAACUAUAUGUUACAGUAGAUCGAUUAUUUCAAUAUAGAUAUAGAAUGCAGUAACUGCAAUUAUAAUGAUUUGUUAUUUUUGUAAUAUACUUUCAUUUGAUGCUGAUUAAGAAAUGUUAUAUCACAUGUGCAAUUUACUAAUUAAUAAUUGUUCCAACUUACGUAAUAUAAUUACGGUAAAGGAAUUAUAUUAUGAUAAAGGAAUGUAGUAAGAGGAAGAAAAUAACAAUAUUAAUA